AUGAAAUCAAGUGACUUAACCACUAAGGAGGUGCAUAUGAUCAGUGAUGCCUUCCCAUCUUGGUUAGGAGUGCUUCAACAAUUAAAAGGUCUCAUUUUGCGGUCUAAUGCAUUUCAUGGUAUAAUUGGGAAGCCUACAAGUAGCCAUGAGUUCCCUCAGCUGUCCAUCAUUGAUUUAUCUAGCAACGAUUUUUCAGGUAUCUUGCCUUCCAAGUACUUAGAGAACUGGAAUGCCAUGAAAUCUGUUGAUGCAAACGAGCAUAUAUACCUCCAAUCCAUGUUCUUCUUCGGCGGGACGUAUCUAGAAACAUUCUACUAUGAUUACCGAAUUACAGUUUUUAGCAAAGGUGUUGAAUUGGAGUAUUUCAAGACCCCUUAUCUUAUGAGACUCAUAGACCUCUCAAGUAACAGAUUUGUGGGAGAGAUUCCAGGUAUCAUUGGGAACCUAAGAGGGCUUAAUCUGCUUAAUCUUUCCAACAACACUCUCACUGGUCUCAUCCCUCCAUCUUUGGGGAACUUGAUUGCUCUUGAAUCAUUAGAUCUCUCCCAAAAUCAGCUCUCAGGAAAGAUCCCCAGUGGUCUGGCACAUUUGACAUUCCUUGCAUACUUUAAUGUAUCCCAUAAUAGUCUUUUGGGGUCUAUUCCACAAGGUCGACAAUUUGAUACAUUCCAAGAGGAUAUGUACCAAGGAAACUCAGGUUUGUGUGGAAAACCUUUGUCAAAGAAAUGUGAAGAUUCUGAGAGCACAACACCACAAACAACCUUUGAACAGGACGAAGACUUUGGGUUUCAAAUUGAGCUAGAUUGGUUUGUGGUUCUGCCAGGAGUUGUGGCUGGUAUAAUAGUAGGAAUGGUUGUGGGAAACUUUUGGACAGCCAAGAAACAUGACUGGUUUGUAGAGACAUUCAGCAGGAGGAGGUAG